CCCGCCGCCCUUCGCGGGCGUCGCUGCCGCGGGACGCGCUGCCGGAACCUCCCGCCCGGGGUCGGGCGGCGUCCCGCGCCCUCGUGCGGGGCCAUUGUCCCAGGUCCUGCCGGGCGCCCGGCGCGUGUCCGCCUUCGCCGCGGCGCGUGAAGGCCGCGCCGGCACCCCAGCUGCGCGCGCUCAGAACCGACGAUUCUGAUCGAUAGGCGACCGUGUCUCCUUAUUGGUACAAAGACCGAGUGUGGCGCUAGUCGCGAAUGCGGGGUCCCCUCCCCGACACUGUCAGGCUUUAUUGUCACACAGCCGCCUGGGAGGCGCGCGGCUGUCCGAUCGCCCCGUGGCUCCCGGGGAUGCUGCCCGGACUGUUGAGGUUGUAGAGGAGGCUCUGGGAUGACUCCUCCCCGCCCCCAUCUCCUUCCUCCCGUCCCGCUUCCACGAAUAAAGGCGUAGCUGCUCGGUGAACCACAAAGAGAGAUGGGUCUGGGCGCCAUCCAAUGGGGCUGGUGUUGGUUUCUCCGUCUGGGAUGGCACUAGCCUCAUGGCCGCACCGCGCUGAGCCCGGGCGCUGCGAGGGGCUGGCGCUGGGGGCCCAGCGUGUCCGCCUCGCCAGGCGGCGGGCAGCGGCGGCGGCAGCAGCGAUUUCCUUGGAGAGAAGAUGGGAACGAGUGGGAUUUCAGAUGAGAUCCCCGAGACCUCUCUCUCCAUCGCGCCACGGAUGGCGUAGGGGUGGACGAGAAGCUGUCCCUGCGGCGGGUGGCCGUGGUCGAAGAUUUCUUCGACAUCAUCUACUCCAUGCACGUGGAGACAGGGCCAAAUGGAGAACAAAUUCGGAAGCACGCUGGGCAGAAGAGAACGUACAAAGCGAUUUCAGAGAGCUAUGCCUUCCUGCCCAGAGAGGCGGUGACGCGGUUCCUCAUGAGCUGCUCCGAGUGCCAGAAAAGAAUGCACUUAAACCCCGACGGAGCCGAUCACAAAGAUAAUGGGAAGCCCCCCACUUUGGUGACCAGCAUGAUUGACUACAACAUGCCGAUCACCAUGGCCUACAUGAAGCACAUGAAACUGCAGCUGCUCAGCUCCCAGCAAGACGAGGAUGAGAGCUCAAUAGAAAGUGACGAAUUUGAUAUGAGCGAUUCCACGCGGAUGUCGGCUGUGAACUCUGACCUCAGCUCCAACCUGGAGGAAAGAGUGCAGAGUCCCCAGGCUCUUCAAGGCCAGCAAGAUGAUGAUUCCGCUGCAGAGAGCUUUAAUGGCAAUGAGACUGUGGGCCAAAGUUCAACUGCUUCAGGGGGAACACAAAGCAGGGAGAUGGGCGACUCCAAUGAGGAUGGCAAAACUGGGCUGGAGCAGGACCAGCAGCCACUGAACCUGAGCGACAGCCCCCUCUCAGCACAGCUCACUUCGGAGUACAGACUAGACGACCCCAGCAGUGAUGGGAAAAACAAGUACAAGCCUCUGCUAAUUUCUGACCUCAAGAUGGACCGGGAGGCGAGAGAAAAUGGAAGCAAGUCCCCUGCACACAGCUACUCCAGCUACGACUCCAGCAAACACGAGGGCGGAGAGCGAGGGGCCGAGGACCUGUCCCUGCACAGGGGGGACGAGGAUGAUGAGGACCACGAGGACCACGACGACGCCGAGAAGGUGGCCGAGACGGACGGCGUGGAGGCCGAGCGGCUGAAGGCUUUCAACAUGUUUGUCAGGCUGUUUGUAGAUGAAAACUUGGACCGAAUGGUCCCAAUCUCUAAGCAGCCCAAAGAAAAGAUCCAGGCUAUCAUUGACUCAUGCAGGCGACAAUUCCCUGAGUACCAAGAGCGUGCCAGAAAGCGCAUCCGUACUUACCUCAAGUCCUGCAGGCGGAUGAAAAGAAGUGGUUUUGAGAUGUCGCGACCUAUCCCUUCCCACCUUACCUCAGCAGUUGCAGAGAGCAUCCUGGCCUCGGCCUGUGAGAGCGAGAGCAGAAAUGCUGCCAAGAGGAUGCGCCUGGAGAAGCAGCAGGACAAGUCCGCGCCAGCCGACAAGCAGAGCAAAGCGGAGGCGGCCCCGGCCACGCACGCGGCCUCCGCGGUGUCCGGCUCCCAGGAGGUGCUGUACAUCAACGGCAACGGGACCUACAGUUACCAUAGUUACCGAGGCCUCGGCGGGGGGCUGCUGAGCCUGAGUGACGCCUCCAGUAGCGGGCCCACGGAUCUCAGCAUGAAGAGGCAGCUGGCGCCCAGCGCGGGGUCCUCCAGCAGCGCCAGCGCCCGGCCCCAGCUGAGUCCCACCGAGAUCAACGCCGUGCGGCAGCUGGUGGCCGGGUACCGAGAGUCCGCUGCGUUUUUGCUGCGUUCCGCGGAUGAGCUGGAAAAUCUCAUUUUACAGCAGAACUGA